UAAUGCAAGUUAACUUGUCCAAUAAAGUUUUGCCACAGAGACAAGUUUGAUCUUUUUUUUUUUUCGACAAGCUUGAUCUUUGAUCCACUAAAGGUAGAACUUAUGUAUCACCUUCACAAUUAAAAAUAGAGAUAUUAAUGGUGAUUCUUGAAAAUACUUAUAAGAUCUCAACAAAACAUAGCGUUUAGAAAAAAAGCCCAUGCACGUAGGUUUCGGCAUGGUCGUAUAUAUAUUAAUAUUUCUUUUCUGUAAACGGAUAGUCUUAUACUUUCUUUUCCAAAAUAAAUAUGAAAAAUAAAAUAAAACACAUGAUAAAUACGAACGGAGAGAAUAUGGGGGAUCUAAUGUUUAUAUAUACCAAAAUAUUGUUUUGUAAACUCCGGAUUUGAUAUAAAAGAAAACAAGAAAUAUUUUUCUGUAAGAAUCGUCAAUAUGAAAAGGCUGCAGCGACUCAUGAAACACAACAAAAACCCUAUAAUGGAAAACAAAGAGAAGCUUCCAUGGGAGUUAGUGGAAGAUAUCCUCUCUCGUGUCCCUCCCAAACCACUUGUCCGAUUCAGAACCGUUUGCAAACGAUGGAACACUCUCUUCGACGACAAUACUUUCAUCAACAACCACAAGAUGACGUUUCGAUUCAUUGUAGUGACUAAAUCCAAGGUUUAUUCGGUAAGUCUGAACCCCGAGAUAGAGGUGAGUGAGUUAACCUUAGAUAUCCCCGGUUUAAACAAUCAGAAACCUAAUGACUUGGUCGAUUGCAAUGGGCUCUUGCUAUGUGGCAUGAAAGAAGGAGCUGUCGUUUGUAACCCGUGGUCCGGACAAAUUAGAUGCAUCAAGGCCGAGGUUAGUCAAUCUAGUUUAGAAUAUCGUGGCCUAGGUUAUGAUGGUAAUAGGAUAGGUAAGAAAAUUGUUUAUGAAACCCUUGCGUUUUAUCUAAAUACUAUAAGCUCUACCACUGCAUGGAGAAUCGAUGACCUUGGCACCGAUACGUGGAAACAAGUGUUGAAAGAAGUAAAAGAUGAAACAUCGCCUCAAAAUUUGUUCUAUAUGCACUCGACAAGAGGUGUAUCGUUGAAUGGAAAUUUGUUUUGGGUUGCUUAUUACCAGAGUCAUCGCUCGUUGCUCUUAGUAGUAAGCUUCGAUUUUGGGAGCGGAAAAUACUUCAACUUUUGUGGUCUACCGUGUGUGGAGAACGAUCAUAGCGAUGCUCUUGUCCUUAGGGUUUUUAGGGGAGAUCGGUUUUCGUUGUUAAAGCAGUGCCAUGUAACAAAGAAGAUUCAGAUUUGGGUGGCCAAGGACAAGAUUGAUAAUGGGCAUAGUAGAGAUGUGAAAUGGAUGAGUUUCAUGGAAGUGUCAAUCCCUGACUUGCCGUAUUUAGUACAGAAACAAUCCUACCCUCAGCCGAGUUACUUCAUUGACGAUAAAAGGGAUAAAAGGCUGGUCGUGUGUUCUUGCGAUGUAAAUGGCCGGGCUUGGAUCUAUGUUGUUGGGGAAAGCAAGUUAAUCAGUAAAACCCGAUUGGAUUUCGUAGUGGAUCCUUGGCCUUUGCAUUGUACCUGUUUUCCCAGUUUGGUCAUGGUUGGUGGAUGUCCAAGAGAAGACAAAGAAAAGAAGAAAAAGCAGAAUUACGUGUUUAAUAUUUCUUUCCUUAUAUUUUUUUGUUUGGUUGCUUUUUUUUUUUUUUGAAUGAAAUUUAAUUUGUUUGGUUGUUUGGGAAGCUUAAGUUGCUUUUUAGCAAAAAUAAAUUAUUUUUAAUUGUUUAGAACAGGCUAGAUUGAAUGUUUAAUGGUCUCAGUCAGUUUAAGUCUAGGGUUCUGAGUUUUAUUCGGGAAUUUGUUAGCUUUCACUUGUGUUUUGAGAUGUGUCGAUUCAUUACAUCCCACAUUGUUAUUUUUCCCCUUUUUUCCUAAUCAAUUGUUUCCUAUCACUACGUCUGGUUGUAUGCAUAGUGAAGAGUCUUAUCUGCAUUAAAGAACGUUUUUGAGCCGUAAGUGUGUCUUCUUCAGUGCCGAAAGAUGAUCAUUUGAGUUGCAGACAUAUAACAAGAGAAUCAAUUCUAGACGUCAACCUUUAGUUGAUGAAUUUCGGUUAUAAUGGACCUUGUCUGAUUGUUCAUGUGCAGACUGCAGAAAUUGUAUGGAAUGUUGUACAUUUCGAUUCUUUUAUUACAUGAAUUUGAAAAAGAAUAUGCAUUUCAAGAGGAAUAAAAUCGGUUUACAUGAGAAAUUGUAUGUAUGUAAAUCACUUUUCAACCCAACUAUUAUUCAUUUAACCAAAAAGAAUCAUAGACCUAAAGCAAACAGUGGUUAGUAUUAUAUAAGACACCGAGAGAUGUAUUAAGCCUCUAUCAUUCUCCUGCUGUUAGCUAUACAGGGUGUCAGUUUAUACUGUUAUGCUCCCGCCUUUUCUUUUAACGGUUGAUGAUGACU